AUGGUGUAUUUGAGUCCGACGUAUGUGCGUUCGAGAUUGGAAGCUCCAAAGUUCGAUAAUCAUGAACAAAUCAAAGUGAAGACUAACGUUGAUUUCGAAGAAGACAGCAGUGAAGAGUUGAGGAAGCUGGACAUCAGUGAAGAAGAUGAAUCAGAAUCAAAAGUAUUGCCCUUAAAAGACUCCAAACAUUCCGAAGAAUCUGAAGAAGUGUAUGAAGAUGAACAAAGUUCUAAAAAGAACGAGAAGGAUCGAAAAGGCUACAAGUCGAAACAUGGACUUCGCAAGGGCAGUAAAGGCAGUUACGACAAAGAAGAUCACUCGCAUUCAUAUGCCAAAGAAGGCGAUCGGAAGAAGUCCUAUCACGACGAAGAUGGAUACGAGAAGAAGCAUCACGAUGAAGGCCACAAGGUAAGCGGAGGAAAACAUGGAGAGAAGAAGUUUCACAAGAAAGGAUCCAAGACUACCGGUUACCACAAUGUGUAUCACAAAGACGAGUUCAAGAAAGAGCACAUUUUCUACGACACCUCGGAUCACAGCGGGAAUUUCAAGAAGUACGGGUCAUCUCACAAGGAACACUCCAACGACGAAGCCGAGUUUGCCAAAGGGGGCCACAAAGAGGAGGCGCAUUCCAAGAAGAAGAGCUCUAAGAAAGGGCACUCGGAGGACGGGAAAUACGAUAGUAAGCAUCACGAGUACAAGAAGCAGCAAGGCGAUACCGAGGAGUACCGGGACAGGGAGGAGUACCAGAACAAGAAUGGAAAGCUGGGUUCGAUGGCUCAUGGAUAUAAGAUUUAUCAUCAUUGA